AUGGCAACUGGCAGUUACCUUAUUUAUAUGAUAAAAGUGCUAGCCAGUAGUGGUUGGGCCAAAUUGAACCGUGUGGCCAACAGCACUAAGGAGAUGGGUCCAGGGUCCAGGCACGACACACUUGAUGAUCAUUUCGGUCAUCACAACUUUCGAAAGUACGUUGCCUUUGGUCAUACACUCCACUCCCGUCUCCUGCUCACAAUACCUGAACAGAAGCGUCAAAACACAAUCUUUGAUGAUUUCAAUGUGUCAUUGAUGGAGAAGGGUGGGUUAGAGAAAGAAUGGACUAAGAUGAUCCUCGACUGGGAGAAGGAUCCAUCAAAGAAAAACCCUUACCUCUCUGUUGUGGCUCAUGCUUCUCAGAACGAGGUAAAGAAGCAACUACUGGAGGAAGAAAAAUCGGUGAUAACAGCUGGCAUGCCUCAGCUCCAUGAGACAGGGCCAACGGCAUUCAUCUCCAUGAGGUUGAUUAUUGAGGAGUCACAGCAUAGGAUCCUCUGGGAUUCCAGGAGGCCAGAGGAACUUACAACUUAUCAAGAAAACGAAAUUCAACGCCGCCGCCUUCUGCUCUUAUGCGAAAUCAAAUGCUUCUGCAACCUCCAAGCCAUCUACAUGCCGGCGGCGACUGUGAUGGCCAGUGAACGUGAGGCUUCCCAGCAGGAAUUGCCUGAAUCCAAGCGCAAUAGCAUGGAACCGGAGCACCAGCAUUUGUGGCUCCUGUCGGCUCUACCGUCCACUCAACGAACCCACAACUGCCACAAGAGUCUGGUCGAUAUUGAGGCCAAGCUUCAUCAAGCUCAAUGUCACGAUAUCUUAGAUAAGAUACGCAACAUGCAGCGCAGUCGCUUGUCGUUCAUCAGGUUUCAAAAUCGCAACAUACGGGGACAGAAUCCGAACAUGAGAGCCCAAGACACCCUGAAUCAUCUUGAAGAGAAAAUGAAAUCAUUGGCGGUAAAGUACCGAACUGUGCGUAAGGUGCUGUUGGAGUUAUUGGGUCCAGGAAGCUGGGAGAACAGCCUUCUGGAAAAACUGGGUCUGGGGCAAGGGAAGAAGGUUGUUUCGUGGAUCUGGACUAGUGCCGAGGCGAUUGGGGAUGGCAGUGAUGAGGUGUUGCACGAAGCAAGGGCGUGGAGUUUACGAUGGACUGAAGAAGUGCACUUACUGAAGGAGGAAAUGCAGAGAGUCCGGAAGACGUUGGAGUGGAAGGCUAGUUGGUGGGAUGAACGCCGCAAUGGAUGGCCUGGUCUAGACGAUCCCAUGAGUGAAGGGGUGCAUGCAUACGUGAGCCGCCAAGUGAGCAUUCAAUGGGCACUGCAUGAGUGCUUCACCCGCCUAUGGGAAAAGCUGCUUGUGCCAUUAGGUAGCCAAGAGGAAAGUAAUGAAGGCUCUGGACUGUCUGUCAACCCGUUGCUGGAGGCUCUCGUAGAGGAGGACGAGGAGUAG